GAAUGGUGACCGGCAGCAACAGCUCACAGCGCGCGCGCAGGCUGUAGUGCUUCAAGAUAAAGUUCGGCAGAAACCGGUGAACUUUAAAACCUGGGAUUAUUUUCACUCACCAGGGAAGCUGUGUGAACAUAUAUUUUCGUGUGUGUCCUCCUGCUACGGCAGUCAUCAUGCCGCUGAACGUGGCCAGCAAGAACUACGACUAUGACUACGACUCGUACCAGCCGUUCUUCUACUUCGACAACGAGGAGGAGGACUUCUACACGCAGCAGCACGGCCAGCCGCCGGCUCCCAGCGAGGACAUCUGGAAGAAGUUCGAGCUCCUGCCCACUCCUCCUCUGUCCCCGAGCCGGCGCUCGUCCUUCUCCAGCUCCUUCCCCUCCACAGCCGAUCAGCUGGAGAUGGUCACCGAGUUUCUCGGGGACGACGCGGUCAAUCAGAGUUUCAUUUGCGACUCGGAUUCGUCGCAGUCUUUACUCAAGUCCAUCGUGAUUCAGGACUGCAUGUGGAGCGGCUUCUCUGCAGAGGCUAAGCUGGAGAGAGUGGUGUCUGAGCGGCUAGCGUCUCUCAGAGCGGCCCGUAAAGCCUCGACUCCCAAAAGCGAGUGCUCAGAGGACUCGGUCUCACAUGCCGGCUACCUACAAGACGUUAAUGUUAACUCCGCUUCGGACUGUAUAGAUCCUUCGGUGGUGUUUCCCUACCCGCUUACCGAGUGUGUGAAGUUCAGUAAGGAGUGUGAGAGCUCUCUGAUGGACACUCCGCCCAACAGCGGCAGCAGCAGCAGCAGCGACAGUGAGUCCGAUGAGGACGACGACGACGAGGAGGAGGAGGAGGAGGAUGAGGAGAUCGACGUUGUGACGGUAGAAAAAAGAAAAUCGGCCAAGAAGUGCGACUCGCAACCCGUGGUCCUGAAGCGGUGUCACGUGACCAGCCAGCAGCACAACUACGCGGCGCAGCCGUGCACGCGGAACGAGCAGCCGGCCGGCAAGCGGCUCCGCUUAGACGGUAACAACAGCGGCGGCGCGCGAGCGCACAGACAAAACGGCGCAAACCGCAAAUGCGCGAGUCCCAAAGCCUCGGACUCUGAGGACAACGACAAACGGCGGACUCACAACGUGCUGGAGCGGCAGCGGCGCAACGAGCUCAAGCUGAGCUUCUUCGCGCUGCGUGACGAGGUUCCGGCUGUGGCCAACAACGAGAAAGCGGCCAAGGUGGUCAUCUUAAAAAAGGCCACGGAGUUCAUUGUGGGACUGCAGACUGAAGAGCGAAAGCUCCUGCACUCCAAGGAGCAGCUCAAGAAGAAGUGUGAGCACUUAAAAAGGAGACUGGAAAUGCUAAGCAGCUCCUGAGCUGCUCUGGACUGGGACUUUUAAAGCCCUUAAGUAGUUUGACUUGUGAUGGUGCUGCACUGAGAUGACUUGGACUCGCGUUAUAUUGCACCCCAUCAUGGUUGCAGACUUGACCUUAAUGCAUUUACACUGCCUCAGAUUCACUUGAGGUUUCAGAUUAUUUGUAUUUAAUUUUAUAUUUAGCAAUGGACAGCAGUACCACUCACUGUUGGACUUAACUUAAUGUUUUUGUUUUUGUUUAUUUUUUUUUUUGUAAAUUUGUACAUAUCUGCAGAUAUAUUAAAAUACUGUGUUAAUUUGUCAAUCAUAAAUACAUUUCUUUAUAAAUUGCAUUUGACUA